UUGGGAUUUGAUUUUAAUAAGAUGGGUCUCUCCGGGGUUGCAGAUCGGCUGCAGCUGGGCUUUGUUGGAAGGAAGCAGUGAGUGGAAAGGUGGAAAGCGGGGGGCGGAACAGGCAUACUUUCUUGGCUGAGAACUUCUUGGCUUCAGAUUUAACUGCUUUGUAAGCUACAACUUCUGGGUUAAUGAGAAGAUAUCUUCAUCCAGUUUCCAAAGUGGGAGCUGUGAGGUGGUAUGAGGUCUUUCUUUCAUCUAUUUGAGAUACCACACAUGGAUUUGGAGAGAGCAGGCUUGAUUUUUUUUGUUGAGAGAAGUUCAGUCCCUUAGCCUCCAGGUGGGUAGAGGUGGACUUCCUUCUGAGGGAUCCAAAUCUAUGUGACUUUUUUUUUUCAAGAUGGAAAAAGAGGCCCAAGAAAGGCCUGGGUCAGGAGAAGGGCCUGUGGGACCAGGAAGAGACACUAUUUCAGUACACUCUGGCGGUGCUCGAGAUCUGUUCCAGUGGGCAAUACCAACACAGGAAGGGAUUUCCCAGUGCCUCGAAGGCCAAUGGCAAGAGUACUUGAAAACAGUCCCAUAUCCAACCUCAGGAUGGGGAGUCUCACAGUUGCCAGAUCUGACCUUGUGGGAUGACCUGGCUACCCUUGACCGUGUGGUUGGUGCCUGCCCGUGGUCUUGGGAAAGGGUGAGCCGCUUCCUGCCCACACUUAGGGCUGAAGCCCAGCAAGUCUUAAGUAAUCUGAAUGCUAGAGACAAAGGGGACCAUAGGAGGAUUAAAACUACUGCCGGGAGCAACAAUUCAAGUACUGCUGAGACCCAGCGCCAGCGCUUCCGCCAUUUCCGUUAUCAGGAGGCCGAGGGACCCCGUGAGGCCUGUAGCCAGUUGCGGGAACUCUGCCACCGCUGGUUGGAACCAGAGAGCCGUACAAAGGAGCAGAUCCUGGAGCUGCUGAUUCUGGAGCAGUUUCUGGCAGUUCUGCCAAAGAGAAUUCAGAGCCAGGUCCGAGAACGUGGUCCUGAGACCUGUGCUCAAGCCGUUGCCUUGGCAGAGGGGUUCCUCUUGCGCCAGCAGGAGAAUUUGCAAAGUGAGCCCCAGGAGUCUGACUCAUUUCAGGAGGCAGCUAUGAACCUCUCUGAAGGCCAGCAGGCUGCGUCAGAUGCCAGACAAAGACUUCUUGCCAAGGAAGUCAGGAAACACGAUAAUGGAAAGGCAAGCUUGUUAGGUUCCAAAGUCACAAACAGAGGAGCAGAGGCCAUUCAGAAUCAAGAGGUCAGAGAGGAGGGGACACAUGAUGCUUUUGGGGGGACUGUCAAGAAGGAGAAACCCUACAUCUGUAUCGACUGUGGGAAAUGUUUUGCGAGGCCAUCAGACUUGGCAAAACAUGACAAUAUUCACACAGGUGCCAAACCUUUUCGCUGCAUGGAAUGUGGGACAAGAUUUAGUCAGUUGUCCCACCUGACUAGACAUCAGAGAAUUCACACAGGGGAAAAACCACACAUCUGCAGUGAAUGUGGUGGAUCAUUUGCCCAGAGAGCAUCGCUGGUUAGUCAUCAGAGAGUCCACUCCGGAGAACAGCCUUAUCACUGUAAUCAUUGCCAACAGUGCUUCAGCCACCAGUCAGCACUUAAAGUGCAUGAACGUAUCCAUACGGGCCAGAAACCUUAUAUCUGCCUGGAAUGUGGGAAAAGGUUUGUUUCUUCUUCCACACUCAAAAUACACAAGCGGAUCCAUACAGGAGAGAAGCCGUUUUCCUGUGCUGAGUGUGGGAAACGAUUCAUCCAACGCUCCAACCUGAUUUCGCACCAACGGACACACUCUGGGGAGAAACCUUUUUGCUGUGCAGUGUGUGGAAGAAGAUUCAGUUACCCAUCGGACCUCACUCGGCAUCAGAAAAUUCACACAGGAGAAAAACCAUUUCCUUGUGAUGAGUGUGAGAGGAGAUUCACUAGGUUUUCAGAUCUCCUUAUACAUCAGAGAAUCCAUACUGGGGAGCGUCCAUAUCGCUGCCUUGAGUGUGGGAGGAGAUUCCGCCAGAAGAGUGCAUUGGUAACGCACCAGAGAAUCCACAUGAAAGAGAAGGCAGCAGAAAAAAUCAAGCCUGUAGCAUCCACACAGUCACAGGAAAAUAACGAACUGAAAAUCAAUGAGACAGAAGCAAAGGCGUGCAUUCCAGAGGAAAGACAGGAGAAAGAUGCCGCAGAGACUUAGAAGGAACCAACCUCAGCUUGUCUUCCUGAUUCCUGAUCCAUCAUUUUCUCAUGAUCUAAGGGAGAAAAUCUUUAGAGGUCCUGUAUUGUUUCCUUGAUCACUCCCAUACUUCCUCCGGUGCUGAUCUUCUGAGGAACAUUGCUGGACCUUGUCCCUGGUCUUGAGACUUAGCCUGGAAUGUAGUAGAAGCUGGAAUAUUCUGCCUUGGUUUUACUUCUGACAUUUAGCUGUUGUCUGACACUGAUUCAUUGGGGCAUUUGGACAAUAUUUCUUCAUACUGCAAUGACUGGAAAAGAAAUUCAAGCCCUGAUUCCUUGCUUUCUUCCUAUUUUCAGUUUGAAAGGAUGACAAAAGCAGUAGUAAGAAGAAGGUUUUUUACUCUCCUGAUUUGUCAGGUAGGAAAAAGCAUCCUGCAUAAGACUUCAGGAAAGAUCAUAUUAUUGAGGAUAAUCUACGCCAUCAUAUUUUAUAAAAUGGAGAUGGGAAUGGGUCUAUAAGAGUUUGUGAAAUAGGCAUCGCCAUUUAAUCCAAAAUAAAAACCUACAGGAGAGGAGAAUAUGGAGCUUUUUAUGUUUCAGAGGCAGCACAAGAGCUGAUCUGGCAAGUGCUGAGGGCAGACAUGAGGGCUCUUAUUUGAGAACUUCUCAGGGGCUUCUAGUUUGGCUGUUUGUUGGAUACAAAGAAGUGAAGGAUUUAGACAUUAGCUUGAUCUACAGGGUAAUUCUUAUGCUAUGAAUCAAGGGCAGUGGAAGAUUAGGAAAUAGGUCAUGCAGAAUUUUGCACAUCUUUUCACCAUGUAUGUUUCAUGUCCUACAUUUUGUGAACUUUGUCUUCUAGAUCACUGAGGUGAUUGAUAUAUGGAAGUAAUAGAAGUUGUGAACACUGGUUUUUGGCAGAAAGGAUCUGAAUUCAAAUGCUCUGGAGAACUAUGACUUCACUGUGUGGCCUUUAGCACGUUGUGCUCUCAGCCUGAAUUGUCCAUAUAUAAAUGGAGUAUAACAAGGGCUUACUGCAUAGGCCUCUAGGACACUAAAAGGCAGUCAAUACACUGAAAAUACCAUAGAAGUAUUUCAUCAUCAUUUCAAGUCUGAGGUGUUCGCCAUCUUUCCGUAGAUGGAUAGACUAUUGUCAAUGAUAUUGCCCUGAUUUGAAAUCAGUUGCUGUGCAGUUUAGUGUCUGGAUGAAUCCUUCCUGAGAAGGAAAUCCUGCUGCAUUCAGGGGGGUUUACUCUCUAAGGAAUAUGUUCAAGAUUGCUCCCUUAAGUGGAUCUUCACAUAGCAAAACAUCUCUUAAAAAUGCAGUCAUGCUCAGCCUUUUUGUAGAGUCAGUAUAUGUCCUCAGCUGGAUUUUACUUCUUUCCUCUGUUGCAAAUUCUGAAAAUAAUUGCAAAGUUCCCUCCCUUUUCCUGCCCUCCCUCCAUUGGAGAACAGCAUUAUACUACAGGUGCAUUCUUAGCUUUGAGCUAUAUUCUCUGUGGCAUAUCAUCACCCCUAUUUCUUUCUUUCCACUGAGGUACCUUAUUUGCCCUCUUUUCUCAUUGUGUUUUCUUCUGCUAUUUUCUCCUUCCUGGUUCAUGGCAUAUCUAUUUUUAAGGGUGUGGGGGGAGAAGAGGAGAAUGUUCAGGAUAGAUAGCACCCUUCACAAUCAUAGAUUUGCUUCUAAACUGCUAAGGUGUUGGCAAUGGAGAGCUGCAGUGGUCUUAUUUUUUGGCUUAGAAUUUCAUUAUUCUGAGCUAUGAAUGACAAUCACAUUUAUAAUACUGAAGGAAGAUCAUACCUCAUACUGGGCUUUGAGUAAGAAAUGGUUUGUAGCACUCAUGUGAUGGGAAAACUAGGUAUUUGGUAAGGCAAUACCAGUGUUAUCUAUGUGCCAGUAUGUUUAUCUUUUAAAUUAGCUGUAUCUGCUUUCUGAGCAUGUUUGCACUAAUGGUCAGUAAUAUUGAAUUCCAGCUCACCAUGUGGAGAACAUAAAGAAUCAUACUGAGAACCUAGACCUCACUUGUUCCUUGUUAUUGGCUAUGCUUGCCUAAGACUGAUGAAGGUUGGAGUCCAAAACAUCAGAAGACCAUAGAUUAUCUACAUUUGGCUCACUCUGUCAAAGAGCUAAAUUGGGUUUUGAUAUACCUGGGCUUAAUCAUGGAUGGCUGACUAUAAUUUUUAAAGUCUAUCCCACACCUGCGCUUCAAAUUACAGGGCAUAUUAAUAAUUUGUAGGUUAGACAGACUACUAUUUGCAAAUAAAAUUACAUUAUUUUACAUUAUAUUACUCUGCAAUAUUGCUUUUCUCUUUGUAGGGAUUUAUUUCUGUAGAUGAGUAUUCAGAAAUGUGAUCUGUCAGUUGUUGCCUAGAGUACAGCCCCAACAAAGGUGGGCAAGCUGUGGCCAUCUAGAUAACUGGUGAACUACAAUUCCCAACAUUCCUCAUAUUAGUCAUGAUAGUUGGGAUUGUUGGAAAUUGUAAUUCAGCAACAACUCAUCCACUCUUGCUCUAUCACUUCAUUACCUUGCAUAUAUGAACCCAGUCUGAAAGAAAUUGGUGCUGUUUGUGUGCUCAUGAGAAGCACGUGUAGGAGAAGAACCUGCCCUAACACAGAAAUUCUGCUACUGGUUAUUCUGACAGUUGUCUCAACACAUCUGGAAGCUAUGAGACGGGAAGGGAAGUCUGGCUAACAGGGAUAGUAAUAAGGCAAACUUAAAGACCUGGGGCCUGGUUUCCUUUGAUGCAAGGAUUACAGCCUCUGCAAAUGAUACAUGAAUCUUUUUCAGUUGCGUGCCUUCCUUUUUAAUAUACGGAUUAGUUUGAUCCUUUUGUAACUCAAAUUGACAUGGCAGUCAAUUAAAUAUGUAUAUUUCACCCUACUAUAUUACUUCCAGUGAAACUUUCAAUGAAUGGAAUCCAACAAGUUUCAAACAUACAGAUAAUUCUGUAUGUAUCUACUUAGAGGUAAGACUUAUUAGUUGUAUGUCAAACAGGUAUAGAAUUGUAGCCAUAGGUGGAAAUUCUACCUGGGUGGAAGUAUUUGGGAGGGGAAACAAAUUGAAAGUACAAAGCAUUGGAAGGUGAAAACUGACGUUUAAAUGCUUUGGUUUAUUGAGAGACUGGCAGUCAUAAAAGGCUGAAGAAUGUCCAGUUUGCGGAUUAACAUUAUAUGGAGAUGCUGAGGGGUCUUAAUUCAUUUCUGUACAACAUUUUCCAUUAUUAAAGUUGGCCAUUUGUGUGUUUAUGGGAUAAGGGCACCUAUCAUUCCAUAUAUUGAAUGUGGCCCUCUCUUUCCUUCAUCAUAUCCUUUUGUACAGCCAGAAAAAUGAGUAUAUGGUAUCCUAAUUGCAUAACUUCAUUGUCUACAUUAGACUAGGGAAAAUGGUAUUUCAGGGAGAGAGAAAAGUAAACAAACCAAAAAACCCAACAAGGUCAUUGCAUGUAACAAUAAUCACUUAAUUUCAUUACCAACAAUUCAGCCCUACAGAAUAGAUGGCAUUCAGUUGAGAAGCCCUGCUAUAAGGUGUAGGCCUCAUGAAUAUGCAUAGUAGGAGUUACUGGAUUGAUCAUAGCAGAUGUGAUCUGGUGUUCUGAACUGAUUUGUUAAUUUUCUUGCCGUUAUAUUGUACUUCCACUCUUCUUUUUUAUGGGAAAAAUUGAAAAGUGGGAGGGAAAUACCUGUUGAAUUGGAGUUUUGCCAAAAACCCUACCCCUUCUCAACAAACAUGUAUAUACCUCCCACAUUUAACAUAGGUACCUCUAGCAAAGCUGUGAAUUUAGAAGUGAGCAUGAACCCUCAUACCGUCAUGUCCACAGUUGUUUCACAGAUUGGAUAAAUUCCACAGUGGUGGGGAAAUUGCUGCUCUCUAUUUUAGAUAUCAUAUACUGCUAAAAAAUUGGUUUGAAUUGUUUUGAGCCUUUCUGCUUUUAGAUUGUUAACAUAUCUUAUUUAAUUCCAACACUGGCAGCUCUGAAUUACUUUGUAAAAAAAUAAAAGUAGUGUUCAUUUAUGCAAGUUAUUUUUCUGUUUUUGAAUUAACCACUUUACCUGAAGUCUCAAUGAACUUUUUUUCCUCUGAAAAAAACCCAGUGGGGAUUAUUAUGAUGCAAACUGGCAUAGAAUUGAUAUCUAAAGUAGUAAAGUUUUCAAAAGGAAUGUUAGUCACAAUGUUAGGUAACAAAACCAGAGUCCUGGGUGUGCAAAAUAUAAUUCUACCCAAUAAGCAUGCCUUUUUAUGCAAUUUCUAGAGCAGACUUUCAUAUGCAAAUCUGUUAUGCUAAAUCUGUUUAGUUCUUAACAGACUAAUCAGGUAAUUUAACUUGCCAAGAUACUCCUUGCAGUUUUGCAAAAGACACCUAAGAAUUUAAGGACUUUUAGUAGCCCAGUGCAGGGUUCAUAAAAAAUGUAUGCUAGACAUAACAGUCCUACAUAGAUUUACUCAAACUAAAUUCCUUUGUAUUCAGUGGGAUUUAAUGUCUGCCUGUCUGACUAUCUACACAUACAUAAAUACAUACACAUUUUAUAUUAUUCAGAAUCAUUGUUAGUUUUCUUUUAGAUGGCUGGAUGAUCAGUGUCUGAGAUAUUUUCCAUCCCUGCCUUCUGCACCUUAAAACGGUGAUCAGAAUCUAUGUUGUGAUCAGUGAUCAGAAAAAAACAAAGCCUUUUGAAAAAUAGAUGUGUGCUCAAAGAAGGAGUAUAAACUGUUCUGGGAACUUGAAUCUAAGGGAAAGGUACCCUGUUUUUUUGAAGAAGGGUUUUUGGGGCCUUUGAAGGAGUGAUAGCCCUUCCUAAGAUCAUUUCUGGAUUUUGGCUAAUGCCCAUUGAUAUAAGUACUGUUCUUUUAAACAGUGUGUUAUAUACUUUUGCUUGAUGACAGUUACUACACUAAUUUGCUUUACACUGAGAAACCUGUAGUUUCAUUCUCUUGAUCUUGCUCAGUGUGACAGAAAUGCCUAAAUGCAUAUCUGAAUGCACAUACAUUUCCUAGUUUAUCUAUGCAGAGAUGGUAGCUCUGAAAAAUUGUCUAGACCUGCUAGAAAAUAAUGUACUCUCCUUUUUCAUAUCUGGGUCACAAAGAUUCUUCCAAAUUGGAUGUAAAUGUUAUUUCUGUAAAAUGAAGAAAAAAUAA